CGUCAUUUCCAACACUAUUCAAUUCACCGAUUUAUCAUACAUCGCCAACUUUAUUUCCCACACUUUCACUUUUACCACUACGUUUGAAUAGGGAGAACACCGCUAUCUACUUAUAUGAUCUUACCCAUUUAUUGAACUCUCCCCUAUGCUUUCACAGUGGCAAUUAACUUGUGAAUAGCGACGAUGCCAUCUGCAAUGGCGGCUUCGGCCCCCUCUCCCAUCCACGAAAUUCCGCCUCACACGACACCUCAACUAUACCACAAUCUCAAACACGAUAGCUCAGUUCUUGCCCUUGCUGUCGGAAACGAUAGCAUAUACGCUGGGACUCAAAAUGGAGAAAUUGUUGUGUGGCUUUUGGGCACUUUUCAGAAAGUUCACCAUAUACAAGCCCACAAACGCAGUGUCAUGUGCCUCUUUCUGUCCGAAGAUGGCACCCUUCUCUUUUCUAGUGCUAGCGAUCCGAUCGUAAACGUAUGGUGCCCUCGAACCAUGACGCGACUUUACGAGAUAUACAGCACAAAUGACUCUUUCGGGGACAUCUUCUCCGUUUCUUACUCCUCCCAACACGAGACCGUUUAUUAUGGUGCCCAAAACACGUCGAUCCAAUGGGUCGGUCUAAAAGACCCAAACAGACGCGUUACACAAGAUUCGCAAAACCAUCCCGAUCGAAGAAACCACCGAUUUUUUGAUUCUCGUGCUGUUGGUGGCACGAGCACACCGCGACCCACCGACGAACGAUAUGAUCUAAUACCUCGGUCCCAUACAAUGCUUGAGACAGAUAAAAGAGCAAACAAAAUGUUCGCUCACUACGGCUAUGUAUACUGUAUGCUUAUAACAAAGGCCACCACGGCCUAUACCGAGCCGGACGAGGACGUUUUAAUAUCAGGCGGUGGAGAUGGCACGAUAAAAGUCUGGAAACUAGGUGGCCGAGAAAUUGGCCCAGAUGGAUUCGAGAAUGGUAUUGAGGAGAUCAUUGCUCUUGGCGAUCAAGAUGCCAUGUCUGUCAUGUCACUUACCGUAGAUGGAUCAUUCCUAUACAGUGGGAAGCUAGAUGGUAUGAUUGAGCUAUGGGAUCUUGAUACAAAACAGAAGUUAAGGUCCAUCAAAGCUCAUAAGGGCGAUGUUAUGUCUCUUCAGAUGGGCUGGGGGUAUUUAUGGAGUGCAAGUCGCUCCGGUACUGCUUGUAAACAUAAUACCGUCCACUAUGGAGAAUACCAACACGACUCUUCUCAGAACGUUAAUCAGAAAUACCAAUGCUUAACGCAGUGGAAGGCUCAUGAUGGCAAGGUUUUGUCCUCGGCCAUCACAACACAAAAUCGCAAUCAAUUCUAUAUUACAGGGGCCAAUGAUAACAACGUCGCCGUAUGGACGCUCAAGAAUGAGGCAUCAGCCGAUCAACCGUCACACGAAGAACAUGAAGAUAUGAUGAUAACAUCAUUACGCGAAUUUGUAUCCUUUAGGACGGUAUCAUCUCGGCCGGAGUACGCAGAGGAUUGUCGCCGAGGCGCUAGUUUCCUUCGCACAUUAUUUAAGAAACUAGGAGGCGAUGUAGAUAUGCUGAGUUGCGAAGAUACGCUACAUCAUCCUGUGGUACUUGCUGAGUUUAGCGGCAAGUUGCAACCUGCCGAGAAACGAAAGAGGAUCCUGUUCUACGGCCACUACGAUGUUGUCGCGGCGGAAACUAAGAACGGAAAGUGGAGUAAUGAUCCUUUCCAAUUGAUCGGAACCAAUGGCUAUUUGUACGGCCGUGGUGUCAGCGACAAUAAAGGUCCAAUAAUGGCUGCACUGUACGCAGUUACUGAUCUCAUGCAGGCCAAAUCCCUAGACUCAGAUGUCGUUUUCCUAAUUGAAGGGCAGGAGGAAUCGGGAUCCCGCGGAUUCAAGGAGACCGUGCGAAAGUACAAGGAUCGUAUCGGCAAUAUCGACUACAUCUUAUUAGCGAACAGUUACUGGUUGAAUGACGAUACUCCAUGCUUAACGUAUGGCUUACGAGGCGUUAUGCAUGCUACCGUCUGCGUUGAGUCGAAAAGCCCUGACCUACACUCCGGUGUCGAUGGUUCCUAUUUGGUCAAUGAGCCCUUGUCAGAUCUUAUGAUGCUUCUGUCCAAGCUCAAGGGCCCCCGGAAUCGGAUUAUGCUUCCUGGCUUCUACGAUGGCAUACUUCCGCUUACUACUGAAGAAGAAGCCCGAUACGACGAUAUCUUAUCCGUCCUAAUGGAACAAGGCCAUGAAGACGAAUCGGCGGAGACGCUGAAGGCAAGCCUUAUGGCACGUUGGCGGGAGCCAAAUCUUACACAUCAUAAAGUCAAAGUUUCCGGACCGGAUGGUAGUUUAAUCAGCAGUCAUGCAAAUGCUAAGAUCAGUGUUCGACUCGUCCCUGGACAAGAGGUAGAAGAAGUUACUAGCUCCUUAACCUCUUUUCUCGAGAAAGAGUUCAGCAACCUAGAGUCGGACAAUAAGCUGAGUAUCCAAAUUGACAACCAAGCGGAGCCUUGGUUGGGUGAUCCCAGCAAUUAUAUCUUUCGAACCUUGGAGGAAGCCCUGGUGCAAGCUUGGGCCCCCUUCUUCUCCGACAACACUGCCAAUGGUGUCACCAACGGUAUUACCAACGGAAACGGAACGAACGGCACUCACACCAACGGCGGGUCCAAGGUCCGAAAGCCCCUCUAUAUCCGAGAAGGCGGCUCAAUUCCAGCGAUCAGGUUCCUCGAGAAAGAAUUUAAUGCCCCGGCCGCUCAUCUUCCAUGCGGACAGUCUUCCGACUCGGCGCAUUUAGAUAAUGAGAGACUAAGAGUCGUAAACCUUUUAAAGAGUCGGGAAAUUUUUACACACGUGUUCAAGAAAUUGUAACGACGAUUAUGUUGAAGAAUGGUUUCAUUUCCACAUAGGGCGAAAAGCGCAUUAUUCACGCAUGGAUCAAGUAUUAAGAUAGGAGCGCGGAGUUCGCGGUACUUUAUAGAAAAUAGAAAUUCAGAUACCCUUUUC